GAGGUGGUGAUGAGGCCUUGGCUUCAGAGGGUUCGCUCCGUCACAAGCUGCCGAAGAUUCUGAAGGAGUGCGAGGAAAGGCUGAAAGUCCUGAGAGCGGUUCACCGUCGGGUUAUCAACAGGUUCCACUCUUUCCUCUUGUUCCUCGGCUACUCCCGAGCCAUGGUGAGAGACACCAAAGCAGAGGACUUCUGCAGAACCAUCAGUAACUUUUCACUGGAGUACAGAAGCACACGGCAGGCCGUCCUCCUGCAGAAAGAGCGGGAAAGACAGAGAAGUGGAACAGAAAGCCCAGGUCCAAACACACCUGUAGGCAGGAGGAAACAGCCACAGACCCCUUCACAGGAAAAUGAUGAACAGUGGCGGCUGGAGGAGGUUCUGAGAACACCGGAGUCCAUCUCAAGGCUUGAUGUCACUCUGCCUCGAAGCCGCAGCAGGAUCCAAAGUCCAUUUACCCGGAAGCUGAAGUGGUGACCCUGCUGAUCCUCCCAAAACCAUUCAGUCACUGGCGAUUGUUAUUUAUGAUGCUGUUGUUGCAUUGUGGUCACAUUUUUGUAGCACUGUGUUGUUUAUCAGUAAGAAAUGGGGAUAUGCAUGAAGCUUCACAUGCCUUUACAUUUUUAUUCAGGUUUAAAAUAAAGAUG